CACCCUAGGAACUAACCAAACCAAAGUCGUGUUCCAGUGGUUCUCUCCAAUUUCCCUUUUGGGAACAAUUAGUUAAUUCGCGGGAAACCACAAGCACGCUUUUUCAAAUAUAUAUAUAUAUAUAUAAAUCCAUUGAGUCACUGCACAGAACUGCAGGGUAGUCACAGUAGAGAGAUGAAAGCCAUUAAGGAGCUCCGGCCAUAUUUGGCCGUAAUUCUUCUGCAGUUAGGCUCCGCCGGCUCCGCCAUCAUCGCCAAGGCGGCGCUCAACCACGGCAUGAGUCAUUACACCUUUUCCGUCUACAGAAACAUCGUCGCCGCCGUCGUCGUCGCGCCUCUCGCAUUUUUUCUCGAGAGGAAAAUCCGGCCGAGGAUGACGUGGUCGGUGGCGUGCAAGAUAGUGCUGCUCGCCUUGCUUGAGCCGGUGAUAGAUCAAAAUCUGUACUACGGUGGGAUGAGUUACACGACGGCGACGUUCGCGGCGGCGAUGUGCAACAUGAUUCCGGCGUUGACAUUCUUGCUGGCGUGGAUGGCCAGGAUGGAGGCAGUAGAUGUAAGAAAGAGGCACAGCCAGGCUAAGAUUGUGGGGACCAUCUUCGCAUUUGCUGGGGCUAUGAUCAUGACACUUGUCAAAGGCCCAGCCGUCCGAUUGCCCUGGACCCACAAAGCCCUGCACGUGAUCUCACGUGAUCACGAUCACUCGCAGCUCAAGGGCGCUUUCAUGGUCGCCGCUGGCUGUUUAUGUUGCUCUUCCUUUUACAUUCUUCAGGCGAUCACAUUGAAGUCAUACCCCGCGGCCUUGUCUCUAACGGGCUUAAUAUGCGCCGCGGGAUCAUUGCUAGGGGCGGCGGUGACUCUUGUGGUUGAGAGGCGCAACUUAUCAGUAUGGUCGAUCCAAUGGGAUAAUAAGCUUCUCGCCUAUCUUUAUAGUGGAUUGGUUCAGUCCGGGGUGGCUUACUAUGUUGCUGGGAUGGUAAUAAAGGGAAAAGGGCCCGUCUUCGUCACUUCUUUUAAUCCGCUAAGUAUGGUUAUUGUCGCAAUCUUGAGCUCUUUCGCUUUUGCCGAGGAAAUGAAUAUUGGAAAGUUGACAGGAGCAAUGGUGAUAGUGGUAGGGUUGUAUUUAGUGAUAUGGGGCAAAGCCAAAGAUGAGCAUAUUACAAACAGGAACAAUAAUAAGGAUAUCAUUAUUAAUAAUAAUAAUAAUAAUAAUAAUAAUAAUAGUGAUGAUAAAGAAGAUGGCGAUUCAGUACAACAGCCUAAAUCUGGUGAAGAGAUGAUGAUGACGAUGGUGGUCAUCACUACCAAUCAAGAACAAGAUCAAGAUCAACAACACACAGACAAACAAGAACACCACCACCAUUCAGACAACAAAACAUUCCCACCUGUCUAA